AUGAACAUAUUCAGAAGCCUGAUUGGCAAAGUUUGGCAUGACCCAAAUGCCGCUGAAGUGGUGAAGAUCUCUACGGGUCAGCUGUAUCUUGUCCGCCCUGGCAAUAUUCGCUCGUCCCGGGAAUGCAUAUUCAACGAUGCAAUGAUCACUAUCAGGCGCGUUCCCACCGUGGAACACAAUUUCCAACUAGUUGUAACGCGCGUGUAUGAGGAGGGCGACGAGGAUUUGCUAGAGGAUGAGGACGAGACGGAUGCCGAACGAGUGUGUCUCAUAAGCGAGGAACUGGAGUUUCACACCGGGGUGACAGACGGCGAGCCGACCUUCAUUUGGAGGGAUCUCCAAGGAGACAUCGAUGAACUCUACGAGUUUGUAGCCAUUGGGACCAACGCACCGACGCGAGCGUUCUUCGAAAUGUGUAUGUAUCGCGCCAUGUUCGAGCGGAAGUACAGACGAGCCGGGGACAACGCUGUUGAUAAAGAGCUUGAAGAGUUUAUCUGGCAGCCGCCUACACCUACCAAGAAACACGCAACUCCGAAGAAAGCCUCAAGGGGCUCGCCACCAAAGAAACGGACUUCCGCCGUGAAAUCGGAAGACGACCUACCGAAAGUCGAGCCUACCCCGGAGUCCCCCAGCGCCAGCAGAGCAUCUUCUGAAUACGAGGUGGACCCUGUAGCUACAUACCCGGCGCUUUUGUCGGUUCCUGCCGGCCUGCACCAAUGGAACACUGACACCGAGAACUUCGAGCCUUGGGGUGACGCCGUGGCGCGGAUUGUGCAAGAUCCAGAUGAUCAAUACAGCUUCUACUUGGCAGCUACUCUCGAUGACGCUCGGUUCAUUGGACACAAAGUAACGACGGACAUGAAUCAGAAGUACUCGAAGAAGAUCUUUACGGUGACAUGGAAUCAUAUUGAUCGCGAUGGCUCCCAGACGAGUUGGGUCCUGCAAUUCCAGAACCUUGAGGAUUUUGAGACGUUCCAGAAGUUGCUUGGUCAGUGUAUGUGGGAAUCUCUCAACCGUUUGCCCUACGCGAAAGUUAAGCCCGAAGAACAACGUUACAUUGAGAGCGCCAAUGAGGACGUUGAGAUGGCUGAUCCCGAGUACGAGGAUGAAGACGACGAAGAGGAGGUACUCGAUGAAUUGGACCCCGACGCAGGCGGGUCAGAUGAAGAGUCGGACCCUGAAGAGGACGAGGACAAUGUCCCCGAGAUGUUCACUAACGGAGACCUCAAUUCACAAUUGACGGUUGGUUAUAAGAACGAUCGCUCAUACGUCCUACGCGGGAACACCCUUGGGGUUUUCAGCCACACAAACGACGACCAGGUUAAGUAUUAUAACUCCAUCAAGAAGAUCGGCACUCCAAAGGGCAAGGAGUUUAAGCCCAAGCAUAUCAUGUUGCAUGACCAGGACAGCAAGAUGGUGCUAAUGAACCCGUCCGAGCCCAAUUCUCUAUAUUCCCUCGAUCUCACGGUCGGGAAAGUCGUCGAGGAGUGGAAGGUUCACGACGAUAUUUCCGUUAAUGCUGUCGCGCCCGACAGUAAAUACGCCCCAACUACCCGCGAACAAACGCUCAUUGGUGUCUCUCACAAUGCACUUUUCCGCAUCGACCCUCGUGUCUCCGGCACGAAGCUCGUCGAGUCACAAUUCAAGAAUUACGCGACCAAGAAUGCUUUCUCAGGCGUCGCCACCACGGAUUCUGGCAAGGUUGCUGUCGCCAGUUCGAAGGGUGAUAUACGGCUGUAUGACUCCAUCGGGAAGAACGCCAAGACAGCUUUACCACCACUUGGUGAUCCAAUCGUUGGUGUUGAUGUUACUGCUGAUGGGCGCUGGAUUAUUGCGACAACGAAGACAUACCUGCUCCUAAUUGAUACGCUUAUUGGCGAAGGAAAAUACCAAGGAUCAUUGGGCUUUGAUCGAAGCUUCCCGGCUACAGCAAAGCCCAUGCCUCGUCGCUUGCAACUGCGUGGGGAGCACGUCGCGUACAUGAAAGAUGAAAUUAACUUCAGUCCCGCACGGUUUAACCAGGGUGAAGGCCAGCAAGAGAAUGCUAUUGUCACUUCGACAGGCAAAUUCGUUGUAGCUUGGGACUUCACGAAAGUGAAGCGGGGGCAACUCGAUAAGUACGAAAUCAAGAAAUACGAGGACCAUGUCGUCCAGGAUAAUUUCAAAUUUGGUGAUGACAAGAACAUCAUUGUUGCGCUGUCUAACAAUGUUCUGGCAUUGAAUAAGAAAGGCCUUACUAGGCCCACCCGGAAAUCUUUGGGAGGGGGUUUGGCGGGCUCAUCAAACAUCGUCAACAGCCCGUGGUAA